UUCUUUCCCGGAACAAAAUUUUAUUCAAUAUUACAGCACCUUAAAAGAUUUUCAAGCUCAAAAUAUUGCGUCCGCGGCAUUCAUCGACUUUCUUAUUUAUAAAGUUUGCAUCUACGCAAAUUUGCUUUCACAUUUUUUAUUCCGUAGUUUUUAAAGUUGAAACCACUACAACGGCGACAGCAGUGCAAAGAAUUUUAAAAUUACUAAUGCAAUUGCAGCAUAAAUUGCUGCGGAAAUUUGUUAAUUUAACAGCUUUAGAAAAUUUACAAAAUUGUUUUAUUAUCACACCAUACCACCAAUAAAUGAAAGGCGAUUUCGGAAUCAAAUACAAAUCGUUUUAGUAGCUAGAAUACAACUCUUAAUAGAAAAGAACGUUCUUCAUAAGAGAAUUGAAGGCUUAAUAUAAACACGAAAUAUUUGGUGUCCGGAGUAGAAGAAAAAUAAACGUAAAUCUGGGUAAUUUGUGGCUAUUAAUAAAAGAUUACCUUUUUGCUAAAAUGGGUCCGCCCAACUCCACGACCGUUCACGGUUCAGAACUGCCACCCAAAACUACAGAACAUUGUCAGGCUCCACGCGAAUUAAAAGGAUACCGAAAAUGGAUUGAUGAAAAUUUGAUGCUAUUGGUGACUCUAUCCGGCGUUAGUUUGGGCGUCAUUUUGGGUUUCUCCUUGCGUUCCUUCCAUCUUCAUGAAGACUCCAUUAUGCUCAUCUCUUACCCCGGUGAGCUGUUUAUGCGUAUUCUGAAGUUGAUGAUAUUACCUUUAGUUAUAUCAAGCUUAAUUGCUGGUUCCGCCAGUUUGAAUGCUCGUAUGAAUGGCAAAAUUGCCCUACGAACUUUGGUGUACUUUGCAAGUACUUCACUGCUAAAUGCUAUUUUAGGCAUAGCGUUGGUAACGCUAAUCCACCCUGGCGAUCCAGAUUUGCAUAAUUCGAUUGAUCGUACAACGGACAGACGGGCUGCCGUGAAUUUAUUGGAUAGUUUACUGGAUUUGGGAAGAAACGUCUUUCCUGAUAAUAUAUUUCAGGCAUCGUUUCAACAAGCGCACACCGUUUACGUGCCUAAACCCACCGUUCUGCACGCGUUCAAUGAAACGGUGAAUGAAAACGUUGAUGAAACACUGCGUGACGAGAGCGCCGAAGUAGAACAGGGUGCUGAGGGGCAACGUGACGAAAUUACAGAAACCGCUCAUAUACGUGUCAUACAAUACCGUAGUGGUACCAACACGUUAGGUAUUGUGUUCUUUUGUUUGGUAUUCGGCACAUUCCUAGGAACAAUCGGUUCCAAAGGGCAAGUGGUGGUGGACUUUUUCGCCGCUAUAUUUGAGGUCGUGAUGAAGAUGGUUACGUGCGUUAUGUGGUUGACACCUGUUGGUAUAAGUUCGGUGAUUGCUGGUAAAAUUUUGGGUGUUACCGAUCUGCAUUUGGUUAUGGCGCAAUUGAUGUGGUUCAUCUUAACAGUUACAAUCGGAGUAGUACUCUAUCAGUUUGUAAUCAUGCAAGCAAUCUAUUACGUAUUUGUUCGUCGCAAUCCAUUCAAAUUCUACGCUGGACUAAUACAAGCUAUGCUAACAGCUUUUGCGACUGCUUCAACCGCUGCUGCUCUUCCUGUUACAUUCCGUUGCAUUAACGAUAAGUUGAGGGUGGAUCAGCGAAUAACGCGUUUUGUUCUCCCAAUUGGCUGCAACAUUAAUAUGGACGGCACAGCUCUUUUCAUUUCGGUUGCUUCAAUAUUUAUUGCCCAAAUGAGUGGUAUGACUUUAGGUUUCGGUGAAUUGGUUACUGUUUUACUUACUUCGACAGCUGCUUCAAUGAGUUCGGCUUCUGUGCCAAGCGCAGCGUUAGUUUUGUUGCUAGUAGUGCUAACCGCUAUAGACGCUCCAGUGCAAGAUGUGACUCUAUUGUUUGCUGUCGAUUGGUUUGUAGAUCGAAUACGUACGACAAACAAUAUGCUGGGAGAUUGUUAUGCAGCAGCUGUAGUUGAAGCGCUGUCACGGAAAGAAUUAAUGGCAUUGGAUGCUGCUGCUAUUCUUUACCAGGAAUUACCCAUUAGUACACCGAACGGUCACGUGAGUUUAGAGGGGCAAACUGAGUUGGAUAGUACUUGCACUAUACCGGAUGCAGUUAUCGUGGAUAUGAAUGCCAUCAUGAAUACAGUGCAACAGCAACAGCAGUAUCAACAACAACAGCAGCGGAAUGGCUACGUAAAUCACAAAAAUUAAAAGGAAUCGCUUAAACAGAUUACGAGAAAUGCCAUAAAACCAAUAAAAUUAAUAUCUUGCUUACACAGACGUACACCUUCGCUCACCUAAAAGACAUUAAUAAGAUAAGUUUAUCCAAAAGCGGGAAAAUAAAAAACUUGCUUGCUAGAAUAUUUUACUUAGCUUCUUUAACAAAAAACAAGACUAAUAGUUACAAGGUUUAGAUUGUCACUGUAGACUGUACUUAUCUCCUUUAAGGGAGAUUAAAACAAAAAAAAAACAUUUUUAUUCUUCUCAAGACCAGUCUCUUACGCCCGUCAAGAUUUUUCCUUCUCUUCGAUUUUGAUUCAGUUUACCGCAGAUAAACAUUAAUGAUAUCGUUAGCAAAAGUUUUCUGGAAAACGUUAUUUUACCUGGAAGUUUUUGGAAUUUUUCUAAGUUAUUUUCCUCUAUAAGCGUUUACUUUUGAAUGCUUUCCUUCAAAAGAAAAUGAUGAAAAAUUAUUGAUUUUGUGUUCUUGUCCUUCGACCUUCCCCGCUUUGAGAUAUUUAUGCUGACAGAUGAUAGGUAGACUGAUGAAGAAUUUAGACGCUUUGUAAUUUUUUGAGUUUGGGUGGUGGGUAUAAGAACGCAAAUUAAGAUACAUUUUAAUAAUCUAUACGUAACCAAAAUGUAAACUUCAGCCCUUUUGUAUUUGCCUCUUUUUUGCUUUGAUGCCCAUUAAGAUGAUUGUUAACACAUAAUAAUUUUAAUUAAAUUUAUAUUACAAAAUUUAAAUUGUGAU